UCUCCUCCGCCCGCCUCUUUCCUUUGGGGGCCAAGGGGCGGCCCCACGGAUGGCCAGGCCCCCUUCCUUCCUUCCUUCCUCCCUCCCUCUCCCCUUCCUCCCCUCCUCCUCGCCCCUCUUUCCCCCUCCAAGGAGCAGCAAAGGAGGAGGAAAAUGGCUUGGGCGCUGCUGCUCUUCUUCUUGUUGCUCUCCUCCUCCUUCUUCGUUCUCCUUCACCGGAGGAAUCCCUUCUUGCUGGCCGACCUGGCCUUCCUCUUCCGGGCCUGGCGCUGCCAGAGGAGCCUCCUCGGCCGAGACCCCCGCAGCCUGGCCCAGCGCUUCGGGACCCUCGCCUCGGCCCGGCCCCCCGGGAAGGUCUUCCUCCGCGCCGGGGAGCAAAGCUUCACCUACGCCCAGGCAGAGGCACACACCAACCGGGCCGCCCAGGCGCUCAGCAAGGCGGCGGCAGAGGGGAAGGGUCUCCUCCCCGGCCAGGCGGAGGCGGAGGCGGUGGUGGUGGCGCUCUGGAUGGGCAACGCGCCCGCCUUCCUCUGGGCAUGGAUCGGGGCCGCCAAGCUGGGCUGGGUGCCCGCCUUCCUCGGCACCGCGCUCCGGAAAGGGGCGCUCCUCCACUGCCUCCGCGCAUGCGCCGCCCGCGCCCUCCUGCUCGGAGAGGACCUCAUUGAAGCCGUGGAGCCCAUUCUUCCUGAUUUGGAGGAGAUGGGAGUUGUAGUGUGGGCCUUGGGCAAGGGGCCGUAUCCCCCCGGAGUGACCAGCCUCUACCGUCUGUGGCAAGAAGCCUCCGAGGAGCCGGUGCCGGCCGACCUUUCCACCCCCAGAAGCUUGAUGGACACGGCGCUCUACAUCUUCACCUCCGGGACGACAGGACUUCCCAAAGCGGCUCGCGUCAGCCACCUGAAGACCAUCCUCUGCUUGGGCUUCUACAGUUUGGUGGGGGCCUCCAGCUCGGACGUGAUCUACGUCUCUCUGCCCCUCUAUCACAUGUCCGGGAGCCUCUUGGGGAUCCUCGGCACUUUCGGCAUCGGCGCCACUUGCGUGCUGAAGCCGAAGUUCUCCGCCAGCCAGUUUUGGCCGGACUGCCGACGCUACGGAGUGACCGUCUUCCAAUACAUCGGGGAACUGUGCCGAUACCUGGUCAACCAGCCCCAGAGUCCCAGUGACCGGGAGCACCGCUUGCGCAUGGCUGUGGGGAGUGGGCUGCGGCCGGACGUCUGGCGCCAGUUCCUACGCCGUUUCGGACCCGUGCACGUUGUGGAGACGUACGGCAUGACGGAGGGCAGUGUCACCUUCUUCAACUACACCGGUACCGUGGGCGCCGUGGGUCGCGCGUCUCCGCUCUACAAGAUUUUCAGUGCUUUUGAGCUGAUCCGUUACGACGUGGUCGAGGGGGCUCCCGUUCGGAACCAGGACGGACGCUGCCUUCGAGUGAAACCGGGAGAGCUGGGGCUCCUGAUUUCGCCGGUGACGUCCGAAAAGCCGUUCCUGGGGUACGCCGGAGCUCGAGAGCUCUCCGAGUCCAAGCUUUUGCGAGGGGUCUUUGCCGACGGUGACGUUUACUUCAACACUGGCGAUUUGAUGGUGCAAGACGACCACGGCUUCAUCAGCUUCCGGGACCGGAUCGGAGACACUUUCCGGUGGAAAGGCGAGAACGUGGCCACCACCGAAGUGGCAGAGAUCAUGGCCGCCUUGGAGAGCCUUCAGGAUGUCACCGUGUACGGAGUGUCCCUCCCAGAUUGCGAAGGUCGAGCAGGAAUGGCCGCCAUAGUGCUAAAGACCGGGCGGGAGUUUGACGGAGAAGAAGUCUAUGCACACGCGGUGGAGCUCCUCCCACCGUAUGCCCGACCCCGCUUCCUGCGUAUCCAGGACCGUUUGGAGCUGACGGAGACCUUCAAGCAGAAGAAGGUCCGCUUGGCGGCCGAGGGCUUUGACCCGAACCGGAUCGCGGACCCCCUUUACGUCCUGGAUGAGGCAGCGAAGACCUACAUGCCCCUGACCCCCAACCUCUGGGAGCGCAUCAUGGCCGGAGACAUCCGUUUGUAAUGCACCCGAUGGAGCAGGGCAUGCUGGGGAACCCAGUACAUAUCCACCCCAGAUCCCAGUAUGCCAUGCUCUAGAACGAGUGUGGUGAGAGACCAUCCCAGUAUCCCAGUGCACAGUCCCAUUACAUCCCAGUAUACCAUGCUCUGGAGUGAAAAAAGCCUGCUUCUUCAUAUCCCAGUGUGCCGUGCUCUGGGAUGAAACGAGCAGUGCAUGCUGGGAGAUCCAGUAUGUUUCCCCCCAUGUCCCAGUAUAUGCCAUGCUCUGGAAUGACCAUACUGGGAGACCACUGUUUACAGCCUGAUAUCCCAAGUGCAUACUGGGAGAUCCAGUAUAUUCUCCCCAUAUCCCAGUAUGCAAUAACCUGGAACAGCAAUGCUGGGAGGUCCAGUCUCCUUCCCUACAUCCCAGUAUGCCAUGACUUGCCAUGACCAUACUGGGAGACCACUGUAUCCCAGUAUGGCAUCCUUUAGGAUGGAAAGAUUAGUGCCUCCGGGGAAGUCCAGCAAAUGCUCCCUAUAUCCCAGUAUAUGCUAUGCUUUGGAACGGGCAUACUGGGAGACCCACUGUUUGUGGUCAUAUAUAUCCCAGUAUGCACUCUUCUGGGAUGGAGGGAGCAGUGUGUGCUGGGAAAUCCACUACAUCCCAAUAUACUUUGGGAACAGUGCAUGUUGGGAAGUCCAGUCUCCUUCCCUACAUCCCAGUAUGCCAUGGCCUGGCAUGACCAUACUGGGAAACCACUGUUUACAGCCCUAUAUCCCAGUAUGCACUUCCCACUGCAUACUGGGAAACCAAUAUAUCCCCCCAGUAUCCCAGUAUACUUUAACGAUGGAGGGAAUGGCAUGUGCUGGGAGAUCCAGGAUACUUCCACUACAUCCCAGUAUACUUUGGGAGCAAUGCAUACUGGGAGGUCCAGUCUCCUUCCCUACAUCCCAGUAUGCCAUGACUAGGCAUGACCAUACUGGGAGACCACUGUUUACAGCCCUAUAUCCCAGUAUGCACUUCCCAGUGGGAAAUCAAUAUUGCGCCCCAAUAUCCCAGUAUACGUUUGGGAUGGGGGUCAUACUGCAUGCUGAGAGAUCCAGUAUAUUCUCCCCACAUAUCCCAGUAUGUCAUACUCCAGAACGAGCACACUGGGAGACCACUGUUUACAGCCCUAUAUCCCAGUAUGCACUUCCCAACACAUACUGGGAAAUCAAUAUAGUCCCCCCAGGAUCCCAGUAUACUUUUGGAAUGGAGGGGCUAGCAUAUGCUGGGAGAUCCAGUAUAUAUUUUUCUGAUAUCCCAGUAUGUCAAACUCAUAUUCUGGCAUUACCAUACUGGGAGACAAUCCCAGUAUAGCAUGCAUUAAGAUGGAAAAAGCGGGGCAUCAAAUACUCCCCACAUCCCAGUAUACGCCAUGCUUUGGACCGCGGAUAUUGGGUGACCCACUGUUUACAAUAGCAUAUAUCCCAGUAUGCACUAUUCUGAGAUGGAAACAAAAAGUGCAUGCUGGGAGAUCACAUUAUAUCAUUCCCAGCCCCCAGUAUGCCAUGCUCUUGAAUAGUUAAGAGCCAUGGAUAUUGGGAGAUCCAAUACAUUCCUUAUCUCUCAGCAUUCCGAAUCCGUGGAUAUCGAAGUCCCGUUCUAUACAACGGCAUCGCGAAAUUAAUUUUUUGUAUACAAUUUUGCAAAAUCAAAGUUUUGUAUUUAGAGGGGUUUUGCAAUAUUUCCAAGCCGUGGACGAUGGGACCAAAAACGAUGCUUUUGCAAGGAUUUCCAAUGCAAAAAAAGUUCAGGAUUCUGAAUCCGCGGAUAUCGAAGUCCUGUUAUAUACAACGGCGCCGCAAAAUGAAUUUUUUUGUAUACAAUUUUGCAAAAUCAAGGUUUUGUAUUUGGAGGGGUUUUGCAAUAUUUCCAAGCUGUGGACGAUGGGACCAAAAACGAUGCUUUUGCAAGGAUUUCCAAUGCAAAAAAGGUUCAGGAUUCCGAAUACGCGGAUAUCGAAGUCCCGUUAUAUAACUGUUUACUGGAACUGAUCACAGGAUUUUCGACAUCUCCCAUUAUUGGAUCGCUGUUGGACUCGAGACUUUUUCCGGACAGAAAAAAUUGCAAAAAACUGUUGUCUUUUUCUUGCCUUACUCAAUGUCUAGAACUUCAUAAACUUUGGGGGAGGGAUUUAUAGUUUUCUAUAAGCAUACGAUCAAAAUGCAUUGAAAAAAUGUUUCCCGAUUUCUGCGAGGAAAGCAGAAUGUCAAUCAAACCUAUCAAUCGAUUGGUUCUUGAAUUCUAUUUCCAAUAAAAAGCCCUCUUUUUAUACCGUUA